UUACACACACACAGUUGAGGAUCACAGAUGGAGGAUCUGAUGGAGCGUUGUGAGGAUGAAGGAGCUCGACAGACAGACAGUUACAACAGUGAGUCUCUGCUCGCACCCGACUCCGAUUUCAUCAGCGACGAUCAGAGCUGUCAUGUGAGCGGUCUGGAUGUGUGUGACGUGUGUGAUCGUCUGACGUUCCUGGAACAGCGUGUUCAGAUGCAGGAGGAUGAGAUCCAGCUGUUGAAGAUGACGAUUGCAGAUGUGCUGAAGAGACUGAACAUCUCACAGGAGCAAACAUCAGCGCUCCCCAAGAGAGCUACAAAUAAAGUGGCUCGUCCGGCUUCAUCAUCACUGAGGAAGAUCUCCAGCUCCACACUGCCCCCCUCCCCAUCACUGAAGAACUGCAGCCCCUCACCGGCCAGCCAGAGAACCGGCAGUGCUAAAGACAGUCCGAGCGCUUCAGCGAGUGGUAAAACUCAGACGACUACCAACACAACAACAUGCAAAAAACUAGAAAUCAAACCAAAGGACGCAAGCUCAAGCAUCGUAGGCGCAACACGUGUGACUCACUGCAAAGUGACUAUGCAGAUCUAUCUGAGCCGUCUGUCGAGAAGGACCGGUUCUGACCCAGCGCUCUCCACGACCUUGCAGCCCGACGCGGCGAACGGACCGCCUGCAGCAGACACCGAUAACAGUAAAGCAGCAGAAGGGAGAAAUGCUGCGACUACUGUCCUCCUGCAGAAGAGUCCCUGUCAAACACCGUCUCAGCCUCCAGACCCCAAACUACAAGAGUCCCGUCAAAUCAUCCAGUCGCUACUUCCAGAUCUGUUACUGAAACACAAAACAUUCGGCCUGUUUCAAGUAAACACAUGA